CGACAUUCGACCACCGCCCCAGCUUAAGCUAGCUUCAGUGCACUUCAUUCUGUGUUUGAGAUCGCCUUCAACGACACUACUCCCCUUUUUCAUCAUAUUGACUCUGUUUCCUUCCUUUUCCCUGGUUAAAUAGAUUCUAGAAAGAUGUCACUUCGCGUUACUCCUGGGGCGAGCCACCCCACCAGCACAGCCAAAUACCCCAGCGCCCCUUCUGCGCCUGGUCUCCCCGACCGACUACGUGCUUCUGCCACUCCCGCAGCCCAAACGAACGACAAUGGACCUGCGCAACAACCGCUCAGCUCGUCACACCCUCUAGAAGCACGCCUGGCCAACUGGCAAGCUACUCAAGAGUCAAUCAAGAUGGAAGGCCUUCGACGGACAUUCGGUAUCGCUGAGCCCAUCCGCCGUGGUAUGGAGCUCCGUAUGGCGCGUCAAGGCGAAUGGAGACCGGCAGCUCUUGGUGGAAAUACCAAGGGGGUUCACACAGAGCUCUUGGAGGGAAGAGAAUCCGAUAUUACAUGGGAGGACGUGUUUGUUGGCGGCGAGUUCGGCGAAGGCGUCGAUUUCCACAGUGAAAUGGAGGCCCGGUUGCGCAUGAACACUUGGUAGACGAGGGCACGGUGUCAAAGGGUAUUUUUUACGUUUACUUGCGAUAUCAACUUCAAUUGAAUGAAAACAUUGUAACGAAGACUUGAGCGAUUUCGCUGGGUUUGGCAUAGGGCUCAAAUAAGUGUGUAUUGUUUUAUUAUCUUCUGUCAGAAGCUGUAGUCUACAAUGUGUGAAGAGGAAAGAGGUCCCUCGGUAUAUGGUGGACAUUAGUCUCUGUAAAGUGAUAUUAUGGGCUGAACACUUAGUCAUCGCAAACUGUGGCAGCUAUGACUGUUUAUAUUCGGGCGUCAAACCGGGCUCUAUAUCAACUACAUGUGCAGGAUACAAAUAUUGGUCUUUGUGUGGAAAUUGAAUGAAAUGGAUUUCAGGGUUAUGAAUUUUGCCUGCGGCGCCAGUAGAAGCAGCAAAAUAUAACCUACCCUAGAGGUAACCAUCCUGCUACGUCGCACGCUGCCUGGCUGGUGAUGUACCCAGUGUAUCUUACUCGGCUAUA